CCCUGCUCCAGCCUGGCCCUCUGCCCGCUGCGCCUGCGGCGGCAGAUCCCACUGCUGGCUGGAGCCCUUGUCCACGCCGCCCUCCUGGUGACUCUCUUCUGCUGGGCACCUGAACCCCGGCACCUGGUCCAGGCGCCUCUGCUCUACGCCAUAGCCAUGCUCUGGGGCACGGGGAGCGCCCUCAACAAGACCGGCAUUAGCAUCCUCCUGGGCAUGCUGUAUGAGGACAAGGAGCGCCAAGACUUCAUCUUCACCAUCUACCACUGGUGGCAGGCCCUGGCGAUCUUCACCGUCUACCUGUGGUCAGGGCUGCCCAUGAAGGUAAGCGUGGCCGGGUGGGCAGCCGUCCCCGCAGCAUCUCCCAGUUGGCUUCACUGCCUCCAGUGUCUGCUGGGCUCAGGGCGGGGUACAGAGCCAGGCCAUCCCCCUGCUUCGCCCUCCCGCAGGCCAAGCUCUCCAUCAUGCUGCUGACGCUGGCAGUGGCGGGGGGAGCCUACCUCUGGAUGGAGCACAAGGUGGC